ACAAUGGAUGUUUGUCGGCAAUUGUGGCCAUCCUGUUUCCCCUUCGUUGGUAGUUUUCGCAUUUGUUGUUGCGGAUCUGAUCACGUCUCAAUCCUGCUAUCUCUGGGUGGCCUGUUGAUAUGAUACGUACGUGCUAGGACUGCAAUUUUUUCAGUGUUUGCAUGGUUGGGCCCUUCCUUUGUGGAGGGGUGUGAAGAAAUUCUGAAAGGGCGGGGGGAGGAACGGUGGAUAUGGUGGUUGGUUCUGGUGGUUUAGGUGUAGGAGCGGAAUGUGAUAUGAUUGCUGGUGUUGAUGACCGCAUUUGCGAGAUCUCGAGCCUGUUAAUCUGUCUCCUUGAAUUGAAGGAGGACUGGGUUUUGUACUAUAUUGAAAAUUCUGCUUUGUGUUGAUCGUCGUUCACGAAUUCGAACUCGAAUGUUUUUGUUUGUUUGUUUGUUUGUUUGUUUGUUUUCGGUUCAUUUUCCGAUUGAUCGUAGCCUGUAGUUUGGUGGUCGAUUCGAUUUUCUGCGGUUCGUUUGCGGAGAUUUGAUUAUAGCUGUGUGAUGAUCGAUGGUUGGUCUUUCCUUCAGUGGAGACUUGACUCUUGAUGGUUGGCUGGCUGGCUGGUCAUCCACGAGCGAUUGUGUUUUUGUUAAGCAACCGACCGGCGACCGGGGGAAGGGCUAUAUUAGUCGAUUUGGACGUGAAUUGCAACGGGUGGCUUUUGGUGGCAUGUGGACGAGCACCAUUCGUGGACGGAGUUCGAUCGGUUCCUUCAAUGAAGAUGGACAGAAUUCGAUCGGUUCCUUCAAUGAAGACUACUUGCUCAUAAUUUCGAAGAAGUCCGUUCGCUCUCUUCUCUGUACGAUUCUCUGGUAGGGGCGGACUCAGCGGAGUUAAGGAGAUGUGGAAGAGCGAGUGUGUGUCUGUCAUGUUACGUGGGCACCGCAUACAUAUCAUUGCGCUGCAUCGCUGCGUUGUGGGGAACUGAUCGAACGGUUCUGUUGCUUGUUUCACAUCUGGAAUCUGGCUGACUGGCAAUGUCUGGCAUGUCUCACUCUACGGGACUUGAUUUGGAGAGGGUUGAUGAAACCGCCGGUCUCACAGGGUAUUUGACAGUGUACGAUAUGUGGUUGUCUGUCUUGGUAGGUGUAGAGAUAGUGUUGAAACACUUGGGACUUCGUAUGACAUGAUGGUGGUUAAAGACGCUCAACUGGGUAUUUUUUCAGGAACGCGGUAGACACUGGACAUGCCCAAGUAUUUUUGAAGUAGACAGUGAACGUAGAUGACUGAUGCCUUUGAGGUAGGUCUGUAUUUGGUCACGUAGAUGUGAGUUUUUGUCUCGUCUGCGUGCACGCGCUUCUGUCGGUCUUAGUCGGGAUGUAUUUGCACGCUGAGUCGCAAUAUAUAUAACUACGUAUAUGUUUGCACGAUAUAUAUGUACAUGCGUGCAUAGAAAUGCCAUUGAUGGCAGUCUGAUUCCGCAAUACCGACCUUUAAAUGGGUGCAGUGGGGAAGAUGAGGGUGCCGUGUUCCGCGUGCAAGACGUGGGUGUUGUCUAUGUUGUGCCGAUAGCUUCGAUGAAUGUGCAGGCUCUUGUAGUUGUCGCCCGGGGGUCAGUGCUUGGGGGGGGGGGAGAAGGAGACUCGCGACGUGGUUGUUUUUGUGUGUAGAAGAGAAGACCGCCGCCUCCUUAUUUCCGCCUCACGGAGGGAGACGCUUGCUUGUGUGAUAAAACUUUCGCACCGAACUGAGGGCCCCCCCUUCCAAUGCUUCCAUCCAUAUCGAGAGCGAGCUGUGUGGUAGGUUGGAGUUGGUACUUGGGCGUAGGUAAGUGGCAAAGUGCUGAACGACAAUUCGCCGAAAAAACAGAGAGCUGUCCAUGAUGACGAGGCUAUCGACUAGUGUAUUCAAGAAGAGGAGAUAGCUGAAUUUCGCUUUCUUCUGGUUGGCCCUCGGAAGAAGCGGGAUAUGGGGCAAGAGGUGGUGCGUCUGCCCGUCGGCUAUUUGACUCUGUGGUCUUAAUCGCUCCACGAAUGGUGCGCUCACUCACGGCAGUCGACGUCUUGCAACGACCAGUGCGUCUUUUUUUUUUUUUUUUUUUUUUUUUUUUUUUGGUCGGUUGGCAGUAGGUUUUUGAAUAGCCUAUACUCUCUGUUGCGACUUUUCGUACCGUUCGAUCUCUUUCUGGAUUACCCUAUCGUUUUUAUGUUUCUAUCGAUUUAAGUCUUGUCAUUCAUUCGCAGAGAGCUAGGCAGCGGGGGGUUAUGGAACUCGAGACACUCUUAUAUUCGUGCAUGCUUCUUCGAAGCAUACUGAAAAAAGGAGUCGUAGUGCAUGUCCAGGAUGAGCGACGUGGAAAAUAUUUGACGGUAGUUAGUUGGGCAUGCAAUGUUCGAUUGCACUUGAUUUUGCAAUGAAUGAGGAUUUGGUGUGAACCACUUGAUAGGUACCGUAAGAGAGCACAGCGUGCGACAACUGCUAUAUAUAUAGUUUUUGGCUGUGACAGACCUUUCUUUGUUUCGUGGAUGUUUUGCUGGCUUGUGAUGGGGUGUGAACCGACAGUCUGUAGAGUUUUCCAUCUGGUGUGGGUGAGUGAUAGUCUACUUUGAUUUUGGUUAAGGUAGAUUAUCAUUUACAGUGCAAUCAGUGAGGGGAUUCUGCAGACUGAGGGUUCAGCCUCCUGAUGAGUCGGUGAAACUCCGACGAAACAGUUUGUCACAGCCCCUCGUUUGUUGUCCUCUUCUCUCUCUCUGCCUACGGUCUUACCGGGCAGUUCUGCUUGUGACGAUAUAUAUAUAUAUAUAUAGAUAUAUAAUUCAUGGUCUACUUGCAUCGAACGGGUGCUAGGAAGAAGAUGUGUUGGUGAAUCAUACUUGAUGGGGCGAGUGCAACGGAUAUAUUUGGUGCGUUUGAAACUCUUGUCCGUGGUACUCCUUUGCUGGUACCUGGUACUCCUUUGAUGGUACCUGGUACUCUUUUGAUGGUACCUGGUACUCCUUUAAUGGUACCUGGUACCCCGUCGCUUGUACUCUCCAUGAAGGAACGGGAAACGACCUAACUCAUUUGAUGAUGUUAGCGAGAGUGGUGGAAGAGAGACGAGGCGUUUAUGCAUAGUGGAUAUGCAGUGGAUAUGCUCCGAACGGACGGACUGCACAAUGGCUUUCAUCGAGUCUCCAUUCGAGCGUAUUGAGAGAGUAUUGAGAGAGUAUUGAGAGAUCGCGAAGACUGUGAAUCAGGGCUGUCGCUUCGGUGUUUGAUUUGGAGAGCGAGAUUGUCUUGUGACUCUUCAAUGUCCAUUUUCUAAUCGGACGGCAUGUGGAUCCGCCUGGGCGUCUGUUCUUUUUUCAUCAGGAAUCGUCCGACGUAACGUCUUGCUGAAUGCACCGCCGGGGCCGUUGUUGGUGGCAGCGAGAGAGAGAGAGAGAGAGAGAGAGGGUUUGGAACGUGAGGUUGUGUGUUUGGACUGAAAGAAUUCCAUUUUUUUGAAUUGGACGGGAUAAUUGUGUUUGAGCUUUGGAGAGGAGGUCAAUUUACGAAUUGGACGGAAUUGUGUUUGAUCUUCG